AUGGCGUUGAGUUUGGGCCGAGGAAUGAGGGUACUGAGGCAGAUGGUGAAGACGUUGAGGUAUAAGCGACGUCUUCGGAAGGUUCUGGAAUAUUCUGAAGGUGUUAGUGACAAAAUCCAACGCUACAAUGCCUUUGAGCAUGUCAAAGAAGCUUGGAGGAAUCGAAAAGUUGAGAUUUCAAAACUGCUUUCUGAACUUGAAAUUUUGAACAAGUACGCUGAAAAGGUCAAGGAUUCAAGUCCAAUGGAGAUGCGGAAAAUUCUGGAUGAAGCCACAAAAGUUCAUGGGUUUUCGAGCAUUUUUGGGCCGAUUUUCGAGCAGUUCAAUGGCCAAAAAACGUUCUUGAGAGAGACAAAAAAUUUCGAGAAGCUGGCAGAACUGGAGCUGAAUUUUGCAAGCCAAAAGGGGUAUUUACACGCUGCUUCGUUGAGUUUUGAUGAGUUGAAAACCUAUUUUGAUGAGGUUUUCGAUUUGGAUCAUAAUAGACAUCAUCAUCAUGAGUGA